CUUGUUCGACGUACGCACGAACUUACUUGUUUCAUGACAAGGUUGAUGUAUUGUUCCAUCAAAUUUUACGAUUGAUUGAAGAAAUUGGAAUUGCAUUUCCUCUUGCUAAAACAGUUUAUUUUUACGGUAAGUACAAAAUCCUAUGCUCAACAUCUUCUUCAUUGCGCAGAAGUUUGACGAUCGAGCGCACGCAACAAGAUGCUGUCGCGUUACACCGGCACCGGCAGCGACCCUACUUCGUCAAAAAAGACCGUCGACCUCGUUACCAACGUGACCUUGGCCGGAGUCACGACCGCCCUGCUGGUCAGAAUGGUGCUCCAGGCAUGGAAGAAGAAGGAGACGUUUUUCUCUUUUGCCUACAUCGUCAAGCUGGCGGCAACGGGAAGGGGUCCGAGAACGUCGGAUGGAAAGUUUUACGGCGGGCCAGUUUGCGCUGUGAAAAAGCUACCCUUGCCAGAGCCGAGGAAAGAGGUUUUUUUUCUUUUGGAGAUUCUUGUGGUAGACUUCCUUGUCUCCGAUCUAUUGCUUUUGAAAUUAGAUGAGUCCCAAACGCAAUAUAGAUAAAGAUGCCAACAUCAGCUCCAUCUUCUUCAUGAUCAUGAUGCGAAUAGAGAACAAACGAGCUGCUGACCAAUCUCUAUCGGAAGAUCCAAACGGCGCAACACAACUACUACAGGUCCGCACCAUCAAUGACCGAACUUUCUUUUCCCUGCAAAACUGGUUGUCUUCCAAGAACUGGCGCCACCUGCUGUGGCUGGAAUGGAACCGGGUGUGCAACGUGAUGAAGUUUCCGAACACCUGGCUGUACGAGGGCGGCCCGCUGCAGCACGUACGGACCAGCGCCCAGAUCCAGUCCAUGGCCGAGGAAAUGAACAAAAAGUUCGAGGAAACGGGCGUGCCGGUGAAAGACCUACUGCUCGUUGGGGGCGGCCUAUCCAAGAAAAAAACAUUGUAGGUGUGACUUUUUUGGAAGAACAGCAUUACAAAUUUGUCUGGCAUGACAGCAAAAACCUAUCAUGCGCAGAUAGUACGUGAAAACGCCCUUUAAUGGACCCUGCGAUGCAUGCCGAGCAUGACAGUCGCAAUCAUCUUGCAUGUUGAGCAUCACAAAUUUACACUAGCAACGUUUUUUUCUUGGAUACGGCCACUCGCACGUGCACGUGCUGAAAAUGCUGGCCAUGAAGCCGCUGCAGAACACUCGGGUGAUAUGAAUUGCAAAUAUGUCUGGUUCUGGAAGAUUCUGAGACUUGGCAUGCACGUUUUGUAUGAGCCAUGAUGUCUGUGAUGCAUGCCCUAGCAUCACAGGUUUUUUGAGGGAUUCUUAAUGCCUAUUCCGCAUGACAAAUGCCCUCUCCGGGUAGCAAAAAUUAGACUCCCUUUGCUGCUCAUGCAACACAAAUUUUUUAGACAUCCAAAUGCAGCAUCACAAGUUGCAUUCUUCCAGACCCAGACAUUUUUGCAUUUGAUAGGUGACGCUGAUCAGCAAGACCUGUCUGACGCCGUAUUCCGGGAUGCUUCCGGGCCACGUGGGGGGAAUGUACACGAAGGAGGAAGCGCACUUGGAUCUGUUCCGACUGUAUCAAAUGUAAAAAUGUCUGGGUCUGGUGGAAGACUCAUGCUGUUUUUGCAUGACACAGAAGGUCUGGCAUGGAAGCUCUAGCAUCACAGGUUUCGAGAAGCUUCCGCAAUGCCGAAACCGCGUGACAAGUCCCUCACUUUGGUGGCAGGAAGUGGGCAGCUUUUGCUACCUAUGCAUGACAGAUUUUUCUUUGUUCUGAAAUGCGCAUCACGAGUUUGUCUCCUUCCAGACAUCCAGGGAUAUUUGCGAUCCAUAGACUGGCGAGGUUCGCACGCGUGCGGUUCAUCGUCGCGGAAGUGGACCACAUCGAUUUUGUGGGCAAGAAGGUACACUUCAAAACGACAGCGCCACUCGGUAGUGGUGGAAGAAGUUCAGCGAGAAAUGCACUGGAUAUCGAGAUGUUCGAAAGAGUCAGACCGGCUUCCGCUCCGGGUUCGCCUGCUUCUUCGAAACAGGAAAGUAAAGCGGAUAUAAUUGUUGGGUCCCCGGGUGGUGUGGUCCCCUCAGCAGGAGAGCCAACAACUCUACUUCCGGAUGAAAAGUCGAACUACAGAAUGUUCACGAGAAAAAUCCGCAAACAAAACCUGAGUUCCAUGCUGGACGUCAAUCCCGCGCAAGCCGAAAUAAAUCCCACCAGCACCCGGCCACCCCUCGCGUUUGACGUGAUUUCUGUCAACGUGGGGUCGGUUCCGGACAAGCCCGCUUUCGCUAACACCAAUGGCGUCACCGCGGUAAAGCCGAUCGACGGACUCAGUGUCGCCUGGGAGGAAAUCUUGCAGAAAGUCACGGCGACAAGUAGCCAAAGCUCGACCCCGACGAAGAUCUGCAUCGUUGGUGGCGGAGCCGCGGGAGUCGAGAUGGCGUUUGCAAGCAACCGGAGGCUGAAGGAAGUCAUCGCGGAGAGACAGGUGGAAUUACGGGGCGGCGGGGGCGUGGUGAACAGCAAAAACAAUUAUAUGAUCAAAGGAAAUGAUACAUCUCCACAACUGCAAAUGUUGAAAACCAAUUCCGCAAGUGCGAGCUGGGUUUCUACAACUUCUAGUACAAUACCAGCGUCGAAAUCUACUACUUCACCAAACAGUAGAGCUCUUACGUCCUCCUCAAGUCCGUCGCUUCCACCUGGCAUCGAGAUCUCCCUGAUCCACGCCGGGAAGCAGCUCCUACCCGGCCACGGCGCGCCUGCGAGGCAUAUCAAAUGUAAACAUGUCUGGGUCUGGAAGGAUGAGAGGUUUGUCAUGCACAUUUUGCUUGACUCCUGAUGUCUGCGAUGCAUGCCCUAGCAUCACAGAUAUUGUGAGGGCGUUCUGAUGCCUAUACCGCAUGAGAAAUGCCCUCUCGCUGUGGCCAAAACCAGGCCUCUUUUGCUGUUCAUGCAAUACAGAUUUUUGGAUAAUGCUGCAGAUGCAGCAUCACAAGUUGCAUUCUUCCAGACCCAGACACUUUUACAUUUGAUAAGGCAGCUCGUGCAGGAACUGUUGGAAGAGCAGGGAUAUGCUGUGCAAAAGCGUCGUGCUCGUAGUAAUUCAUUGCAGUACAACUGUAUUACAAAUCUGGGCUUUCAGAUAAUUUAGCAUGACAAAUUGAAUUUAUCAUGCUGAGCAAGUUUGUAAUGCAAGUGCCCCAAGAGCAAGAUCGAUACUUUUGCCAACAUGCAUAAGGGCGUCAAGGUGUUGACCAACCGCCCUAUUAAAGACGCCGUUUCCGCCUGGUCGUCGACGAAUCGGAGAAACGAGAAGUUUAUGCAUUGCAAAGGAAGUUUUAUCUUCGCAUGUAGUGAAGUUUGCAUCAUCUCAAAUAAUUUUCUCGUAAAGAGAUAUGAAAUAAUUUGUCAUGUAGUUGCAGAAAUAGGUAGGCAUAAAGCAGAUCCGUCAUUUCAGACCGCAUAAUUCGUAGGUGUACGGACGACGGCACUCGUGCGAUAGUUAUGCUUUGGCAAUGCAUAAAGUUCUUGGUCGCGGGGGACAACGGUGUAAAAAACAAGGAGAAAAUCCCGUUUGACUACUGCAUCUGGUGCACCGGCGGCCUCCCCCCGAAAUUCCUCGUGGACAGCUUAGAGCUGGCGGGCUUGGAAAAAGAUACGGAUGGCACGAUGCUGGUGUCGAAUUCUAUGCAAUCAACCACCAACCCGGACGUUUUCGGCGCCGGCGACUGCGUGACGAUAAAAGGCUACAAGAGGCCGAAAGCAGGCGUUUUCGCGGUGAUGGCCGGAAUGACACUGUUCAACAACCUAAAGCUCCACUGCGAGAUGAAGAGCGGGAGUGUUGCGACACCUUUAAAUCCAACUUCUCUACCUCCACCUCCACCGCAGUACGAAUCGUACAAACCCCAAACCGAGUGGUUGGGGCUGCUCAAUCUCUGCGACGGUACGGCGAUGGCGAGUCGGGGCGAUGAUUUGGCGAUUCGAGCGGCGUGGCUUUUUCAGUUGAUAUCCUCUGCAAAAGUAUCGCACUCGUAAGACUCUAGUUGUGUUUAAUAUGCGUUACAUUUUUUUUGCCAACGUAUUUUUAAACCCGCAUUGUUAUUGUUUUGUAAUGCUGAGUACUAAAUUAUAAUUUGUCAUGCAAUUUAUACUAAGUAAGCGCGAUACAGAUACUUCUUUUGCAAUCCAUAUUUGAAAGACUGGAUUGACCGGAAGUGGAUGUGCCAAUAUUCCGAGGACGGGCUACCCAGGAUGCUGCCCGACGCUGAAACAGACCCGAUUUUUGCCAGUUUGCUCCUCCCGAAUGGUGCGAAAACGUCCACUACAACCUCCGAGCGCAUCGCGCUUUACCUUUCUCUGCACGACAGGCAGGCCAUCGACCCGACGAUGCGGUGUGGGGGGUGCGCGUGCAAGCUCGGAGGCAAGGUGCUUGCGAAGGGGCUCGAGCAACUACCCAGUAGUACCGCCGCAAAAACUACCGAGACAGAAGCCAAGCAAGCUGCACCGUUCGGGAAAGUCACAGAGGGCGCGGGAGACGACUGCGCGGUGGUUGAAUUAGCCGCAGGAGAUGUGCGCACGAUUCACACAGUGGACUACUUCAAAGCUGGAGUGCUCGACAUGGACCCCUUUGUCUUCGGCCAGGUAUGCAAUACAAAUUAGAUGCAUCACAAAUUUCACCAAUUCAUCGGAGCGUAACACUUGCCAUGCUAAACUAAGUGUUAGGAAUUCUGAACACAUUCACAGCAUACGAAUAGCGGUCGAGUUCGCAUCUUUCUGUUUGGAAUGAUUCAGAACGGAGUACUGAUUCACAUCUGUAUACAGGUGGUGUUUCAAGAUGGAUUGAUUCGUUUGGUUUGGUCAACCAGACCACAAAGACGACGAGACGACUAAGCUAAACGGUUAGGAUCGUUACUGUGCUGAAGAUCAAGAUCGAUGGAACCACGCAGGGGAGCUUGAACACGCAUUGCAUGCUGUGUGCAUAAAGCUCUAGUCAACAUUCCCCCCCCCAAGCGCAAGCCGUUUUUCGAAAAUCGCAGCAAGUAAAAGCUGUGCGACAAAAUCACCACCAGAAGCUUGCAAUGAAAAAGCAAAGCAGAAUGGUGGAUCACAAGUUUUUCUUUCAAAAGCGAUCAGGAUGGCUACGGCAUGAAAAAGCGCAAGGGGCUCCGGCGUAUACAAGUUCCUUUCUAAGCCCAAAGGUCUUCAAGUGAAAAGAAGAGACCGGGCACGCCUACCACAGUGAAACAAGCGUCGACCUCCUCAGGGUCUUCGGACACUUUCACUUUCCUCUUGUUCGUCAUGUGCGGAUUGUGGUGGAAGACGUGAUCUCGAACCUCACGAGGCACAUUGUUCUUUGUGAGGCAAUCAGCUUUCAUGUGCUCAGUGGGACAGAACUUAAUCUUUUCGCAUUCAUCCGCAACUUUGUGGUAGCGCAGGGCAACGUGGCGGCUACGCGGGCGCUGUGCAUCGCCUGGCGUCUUGGCGACCGUGAUGGCGGUCUGAUUGUCCAUCCAAAGGUCUUCGCUAGCAUCGCGAUCUUCAAGAAAACCCUUGAAGGUGCAUGUCUCGGACAUGAUCAGUCCAUCAGAGCCAGCUACAAACUCUGCUUCGAAUGUGGAAUGCGUUCUGACCGAUUGGCGCGCGGUCUUCCACACGAUGGGGGCGCCUCUGUAGUACAGCAGAGCGCCAGACGUGCUUUUCAACGUUACAAAACAAGAUGCAAAACUUGCGUCGGUGAAGAGAUUCCAGUCUUUCAACUUUUCUCCCUUUUGCAGAAGUGAUCCGUAUACCUGCUUGAACUUUUGUUCGUUCUCGGGUGAGUAGUCGAUGCCUACGUCUUCGGUGUGAAUGACAUAGCGCAAAACUUUCUUUACGCAUGCGACUACUGCUUUGGUGCAGGGCUUGCUUGCUACCUUUGCGAGGCAGUUAACGGGCUGCGCGAUGUCGGGCCUACAAAUCGUUACGCACCAUUGCAGGGCACCUACAGCUUCCCGCAACGGGAAUUUCACUUCGGGCGAGGCGGUAUCGUACAGAGCUGAUUCGGUGAAGCAUGGAUUGUCAACUUUCUUACAACCAACCAUGCCAAACUUCGGAGCUAGUUUUGUUCGGAUGUAACUCUGCAUGCAAAUGCGUACUUUGUACUUGUUCGGGUUGUAGUGGACGUCUGCACCGAGCUGAUCAUACAAAAGAUCACCAUUUGGCUGGUGUUCGGGCUCAAUGAUCUUGCCAGGAAACUCUUUCAAAAUCAAACUGACUUCAUGCCUAAGCUCGUGCUCGUCCGGGCCUGUUGCGGUGUUGUCAUCUACAUAAACUCCCAUCUUCAUAUACUUACUGAACUUCUUGUAACUCUGGAAGUUGUUGCCUGUGGCCUUGGAGAGCUUUCUCCACAACCCUUUUUCUGUUGACUGUGUCCAACCGAGACUGACUAACUUCUUUUCGUAGUGCUUUGCCCACAGCCUCGGGGAUUGUGGUAACCCAUAAAGGGCACGAACUAGCUUCCGAAUACCAUCGUCGUUUUGCUCACGCCAUUCCUUUGGCAGACGAAUGAAAAUUUCCGAAUCGAUCAAGCUCUGUACGAAUGCGUUGUCAAUGUCAAACAAAAUUAUGGCAUCACCAUGCGCGGCGGCAUCGAUCAGCAGGUAGCGCGAGGCUCCAAAGCUGAUUACGGGCGCGUAAACUUCUAACUCACCGCCGGGCUUGUAGAGAUUACCUAGGACGACAGCACGGCACUUGAACUUGCCACAGCGCUUGCGGCUAAGCACCAAUGCUAUCGGGACCACGCCUGUGGUCUUAGCGCGUUCUAACUCUUCUGGAGUAGGCACUCUCCACGUCUGAAACGCCUCAAGCUUGCACUUCUCGAGGGAUUUGGCUUCUAACCAGUGCGGCGCAUCUGGCGAGCUCAUCGCGGCAACGUUCGCGAACUGUGGAAGUGCUUCGACUAACUCUUCACCCUCUUCGAAAUCGUCUACGACGCUGUCACAUACAUAACAAUCAUUGAUCACUUCUGCAAAGUCGGCAUAAAACGCAUCUGAGUUCUCGGCUUCGGACAAUUGCUGCUUUGUUCUUCGCGUGCGUUGCGUUUUGUCCUUUGCCCCUUUGGGCCUACCGCGCGGGCGCUUGGUCUUUUCGCGACCAAAGACCACUUCAGGGUCUGGCUCAUGGUGUUCAACCGUGUUCCGGGCGGGCGCGCGCGAUGAAACUGAAUCAGGUGCGGAAUGCGGAUUUUGUACUUGCGAAUUGUCACCACUGGCAUGCUGAUUUGACUGAAGAUUGAUGUCUUUGAACGAGGCAGAGGAUGCGUUAUGAGCGUGUUCUUGUGAAGCUGCUUUCUCGACUUCUAAAAGUGGCAGGGAGUUGGACCCGCCAACCCCCCCAGAACCUGAGACCUCUGAACCACCCGGAUUUUUGCGCACAGGAGCACAAUCCCGAUCAGAACCAACCACCCGGGCAUUGUCCUUCGAGCCACAGAUAGUCUGCAGGAGCUGGUCGUCUGAAACUACGACGCCACCGCGGUACCCUGGGCGUAGAGAGUCAACAUUGUCGAUCAAAACUGACUCGACAAACUUCACGGCGUUUGUUUCGUAAACUGCCCAGCGCAAAGCGCCGGCCUUGGAGUAUCGAUCAUCCUUAACGUAAGUUCCAACUAGAUAGCACGAGGACUGAUCGCAAUACCCAAGAAAGACUCCUUUCGUGUACUUCUCUACAAGUUUCUUGACCCCUUCUACUGGCUGUCUCAGGAAAUAAGCGAGGCAACCGAAGCGACGCAUCCUGGAGUCAAAAUUCGAAGUCUUCAAUAUCUCAUCGGGCUCUUGGGGUUCUGUGCGAGAAACUUUCCGGUCAUUUUGCAGUGACUUCCUCUGUCGACAAGCUUCCAAAGGUGAGAGACCAUUGAACUGAGGGGCGCGCUUGUAGAAUUUCCGCUGUAAGCGAUUCCACGUGUAUACAAAGUAAGAAGCGGCAUAAUCCCAAAGUCUCAAGUCGACACCCACUAGAUUAGCCCUUAAACCGGGACCCAGAGUACCCAUGAAGCGUUCGCACACACCAUUUUUCUGUGGUACGUAUGGGACUGAGUGCUGCCGAAAAACGGAGAGCGCUUGGAGCGUAUCCUCCCACUUCUUUGCUCUGAACGUGGGGUCGUUGUCACUGCGGACAAACCAUACGACCUUAUCUGUCAAGUCGAUGCUGUCCGAUGCGCGAAGUUGCUUGAUUAGCCGUUCUACGACUGCGUAGGCCUGAUCUUUGUGCUUCAACUUGAACUCAAACACACGCGCAACAGCAGGGCAAAUGAAAAUCAAUAGCCAUGAAUUGCCUGUCAAGCUGACGGGUUUGACUGGACCCCAAAAGUCAGCAUCAAGUUGCUUUAGCGGUGUUGGAUCAGAGUACUUCUGUGGUCGUUCUUUCCUAGCACCUGACCUGCCACCCUUUGCGAGGGCGCAUUCAGGGCAAAACACCUCUUCACCUGGGACAUGGAUGUGGCCACGUCUUCGGUGUCGGUCUAACUUGGACAAGUAGCAUAAAUGCUCAAAAUCCUCUACGCAGUCGGCCAAGGCAUCUCCAGUGAAAAUAGAAGCAGACUCAUCGAGCUGUCCUACGCGGCGCUUUUUGCAGCAGUUGGAUAAGCAAUCAGGUGUGAAAAGAUUGCAACCAAAACGCGACGCAGACAAAGCGUCUUCCUCUGACAAAACCUCUUCAAAUUCUCUGCAGUAUAAAGCCACACCCGUGCCGAAAAGCUCACCAUCAGGCAAAAAUGGUAAGUCAGGCGGGUUAUUUUCUAAUGGCACUGCGACAUCUGCGAAUCUUGAAACUAUCUCAGACUUGGCUACUGCUUUUGGUUCUAGCUUUACUGACCAACCCAUUGCGUUCAGGGUGGUUGUAGGUAAAAGGCGGCGCACGGGCAAAGCGCUGUGAAAAAUACCUACUGAGUAACCAAGUCGAUUCGUCUUCAGCCUACCUAUCCUUGGAGGAUUUUUCGCUUGCAAAGUGCCUCCGACUCCAUUGAUUUUCACAGGAUUGGAGCGAAAGGACACAAAAUCGCUAAGCACACUCGACACGUAAUGAGUAGUGCCACUGUCGAGGAUAUCCCUGUUUGUCCUCUGUUUUCUUUCCUCUGCCGAACCUUCAUCCAAAAUGGAUUUGUUGAUCUUGCACUCUAUAAUCGGCAUUGAUUGAUCGAUCUUGCACAGUAACGAUUUUUGAUUGUAACUAGUAGCAUCGUGACUUGUGUAAAAGCACGAAUAGUAGUUGUCGUCGUCAUCAAAUACAUCGCUCUUUUCAUCAGUGUUCUUCGACACAUCAACGAAAUUUGAUUCCAACUCAGCAUCGAUUUUCACAUCGUGAUUUGAAUCCAUCAGCAUCGAUUUAUCAUCGACAUCAUCAGCAGAAUCGUGGUCCUUAUGUCACCACUUGCGACCCUUCUGGUGAGACUUGUAGCCACCUUUCUUCACGCCGUGUUUGCCACCGCCCUUGCCACCACCACCGCCCUUCUUGUGGUUGUUGCCGUAGUUGUUCGCGGGUGGUGGGGCAGUGUUCUUCUCCUGCUGGCGUUUCUUGCGAUAGCAGUAAUGAACGUCAUGUCCUGGACGUUGGCAAUACGUACACCAGAGGCCUCCUUGAUUCUGCGCGUUGUUACCAUAGGGCUGAUUUCGAUUCGCAUAGGUAUUGGAAUUGUAGUUUUUGUUGUUGUGUUUUCCCUGUCCUUUGUGACCCUUAUUCAUCAUAACUAAGGCGGUUUGGUUAUUGAUGGACUGACACAUCAAUUGCUGCUCGAAGGUCGCGCCUUCCGGUGCGACGAUGAAGUUGGAAUUUUUGUUACCAGAAGAAGAAGAUGAUGAUGAUGCACCAGCAAGGAACGCAUUGGGGUUUGCGUUUGCGGGGGCGACGUUCGUUCGUGCUAAAUGCAAAGUCGCUUGCUGUUCCUUUUCAAUAUUCAUUCUGCCUGAUUUGAUGAAGUCCAUCACCAUUGCCAGUCCUUCUUUCUCCCAAGUAGCUGUAGUACUGUUCAAAUUUCUGAUCUCCGCCAUGAUUGUUUUCAUGCAAGUCGGGUCAAGUCGGAAUUUGAGGACGUCCCACAUCUGGCGAUUGAUCGCAGCCGCAUCUGGGUAUCUGUCUUUCAGAAGGAGGAUUUUGCUGUACUUUUCUGCGUAGAUCCAAAUAGAAAAAUCUCCAUCCUUCUCCAUGUCGUAGCAGACAGUAAUCAAUUCGUUGUUGGUUGUGUCACUGUCAAUUGAAGAUGCUUUCUGAUCCCAGUGCGAUGACAGAAGGAAGUAACAUUUUACAAAACCCACUGUCUGGCUGUUCGUGAUCAAUUUUGCUGCGUCGUCUUGCAAUGCAUUCAAAAACGUGGACUCGAGGGAAAACACAUCUUGCUUUUGCUGUGCUGUCAAACCAGGCUGAACAUUUUGAAAGUUCGUCUGCUGGGUGUUGUCGUUCAAAAUUGCCUGCCAUUGUGCGUCCAAUUCCAAUACCAUGCUCAUCAUCGAUUUGAUUUUAUGCUUCCACAUCGUCCAGCCCUCGGAGUUCUUUAUCUCCGGGCAGAUGAUCUUCCGAUCUACCGUCGGCAUACCGUCGGGAUUCGUAAAUCAAUCUAUUCCAAAGAGAGAUUUUUGCGUGUAGAUGCCGAUGGUGUUCCGACGGAAAAAUUUGGACUUGUGGAUGGCGAAGUUGUUCGUUGGCUCGCGAUUACCGGUCUCACCGGCGGCACCAAGUGUGAAUCAGAAUGUUAGGAAUUCUGAACACAUUCACAGCAUACGAAUAGCGGUCGAGUUCGCAUCUUUCUGUUUGGAAUGAUUCAGAACGGAGUACUGAUUCACAUCUGUAUACAGGUGGUGUUUCAAGAUGGAUUGAUUCGUUUGGUUUGGUCAACCAGACCACAAAGACGACGAGACGACUAAGCUAAACGGUUAGGAUCGUUACUGUGCUGAAGAUCAAGAUCGAUGGAACCACGCAGGGGAGCUUGAACACGCAUUGCAUGCUGUGUGCAUAAAGCUCUAGUCAACACUAAGAUCGAAGCCCAAUUUUGUCAUGCAGAGACUGCAUUUGUACGUGUAGGUGUGCGGGAAAUUUACUGUGGAUACCAGGUGGCGGCCCUCCACUCCUUGUCCGACGUGAUUGCGAUGGGCGUGGUGAAUACGGAUAGCGCUAGUUCUUCAACGCGAAGCUCUGGCUCCUCACCAUCGUCGUUCCUCACCUCCUCCUCGAGCAAAGGGCAACAGAAGACGCACAUCAGCGCGCUCUCCACCUGUUCGGUUCCGCUCGGCGCGGAGAGGCUGCAGCAGCAAGACCUCUAUGCUCUGCAAAAGUAUCGCACUCUCUCGUAUAGAAUUGCAGUCACGCAUGACAAGUAUCUUUUCCAACCUGAAUCAGCAUUUUUUACAUUUACAAAUCUCACUUUUGGUGUUCUUCUUGCCAAAAUUAAAACUUGUGAUGCGAGUUUAUAGUACGAUACUUUUGCAAUGCAUAACCUCGCGAUGAUGCUGGCCGGGGCGAAGUCCGCCUUCGGCCCGGACACCCCGAUCGUCGGGGGACACACGUUAUCCUCUGCAAAACAAGUGUCGCACUCGUAGUAAUUGUAAUUAUGCAUGACAAGUCGAAGUCUCCUUCUCAAGGAAAAUCAGCACGACAAAUUGCCUCUGUCAUGCUAAAUGUUUGUAUUGCAAUUACAACUACUAAGAGACAACUUUUGCUAUUCAUACACGAUCGAGGGCGACUUGAGCCUGGGUUUCACGGUCAACGCGGCACAGAGCAUGUCCGCAAACCCGAGCUCCACCUGUUGGCUGAAGGGCGUCGUGAAGGAAAACGACGUGCUCGUGGUGACAAAACCCCUCGGCACAGGGAUCAUCCAGGCGGGCGUGAUGCGGAACUGCUGCAGCGGGGACGUGUGGCAAAACUGCCUGAAAAGCAUGCUGGCAACGAACUCCGCCGACGUGGUGCGCAUUCUCCAGCGCAUCGUCGCGGACAACAAACUAUGCAUUGCAAAACAACAAGUAUCGUACCCCUACGACUGAUUUUUGUAGGUAUGCAUUUACAAAUCUAGUUGUUCAGGUAAAUCCGCAUUACAAAUUCCAUUUGUAAUGCUGAGUCAUCAAUCUGUAUACGCAAUUUCUUGAACUAGCACGAAGAUACUUGUUUUGCAAUCCAUACAAUCCCGGAAAAUUCGCCGUGUCCGCCUGCACGGACAUCACCGGAUUUGGGUUGCUCGGGCAUUUGCUCGAGAUGACGCGGAAAACCAACCGAAAUUUGCAAGUGCAGCUCGACAUGCACAAAAUUCCCAUUCUCCACGGGGCCUUGCAGAUGGUCGCGGAGGGUGUGGCUUCCUCACUGUUUCCAAAAAAUCUCGCCCUGGUAGCGCACGAAAUCGAAAACUUGAAACUCAGCGGUGCAGGAGAGCACCAAGCUUUCGGACAAAUAGUACCUGGAGGAGCAGUUGCGGGAGUAGAGACAAACACCAAAACGACAAAGCUUGCAACGCCGGACUUCGCACUGAUCGAUCCGCAAACAUCGGGAGGGCUGCUGCUCGCGUUGCCGGAAAGCUUGGCGGGAGAAUUGGCGAAAGAAGCGGAUGUGUUUGUCAUUGGAAAAAUCGCGUUCGUAGAUACGAUUGACAAACGGGUAAAGCUGCAGUGGUAAAAACCAAAACGGUCGUGGUAGCGGUGGAUAUCCGGUUUCUUACGAGGCAAAGCCUGAGAGAGACGACCGGAACCGAACUACCACCGUGCUAAUCGCCCGAGGUUUCAUCACUACAUCAGUGGCUAUCUCCGAGUCCGCAAUGAAAUCGAUGUAGCAUGAAUACGAAGCCAUAAUGUUGAUCAUGUCUCCGCAUACAAUAUACAUCUUCGCGCAGGUGCGUUUCACAUCAAUAUUGCGAUUACUUCUAGGACAAUCACAAAAUAGAAACAGCGGAAGCUGCAUUAAGUUCAAUACACCGUGGGGCUCCGCAAUAGCAUUCGCUUCGCCUGGCCACUUG